GACAACCUCAUCUAAUCUAAGCCCCGAAACUACAUUGCAAUUUCACAUUUUUGUUCGGCAUCAAAGUUUCUCUCUUUCAGCCAAUAUGGUAACUGCAGAUGAGAGGGUCGUCGCUGUGAUCAUGGUUGGAGGACCCACUAAAGGUACUAGAUUUCGUCCAUUGUCAUUCAACGUACCCAAGCCACUGUUUCCAUUAGCAGGACAACCAAUGGUUCAUCAUCCUAUUUCUGCUUGUAAAAGGAUUCCUAAUUUGGCUCAGAUUUAUCUGAUUGGUUUCUAUGAGGAACGUGAAUUUGCCUUAUAUGUAUCUUCUAUCUCCAAUGAGCUUAAAAUCCCUGUUAGAUACUUGAAGGAAGACAGACCACAUGGUUCGGCUGGUGGCCUUUAUCACUUUAGAGAUCUGAUGAUGGAAGAUGAUCCGUCAUAUAUCUUUUUGCUGAACUGUGAUGUAUGCUGCAGUUUUCCACUGCCAGAAAUGCUAGAUGCUCACAAAAGAUAUGGCGGGAUGGGAACAAUACUAGUUGUGAAGGUUUCUGCAGAGUCAGCGAGCGAGUUUGGGGAAUUAGUUGCUGAUCCAACAACUAAUGAACUAUUGCAUUACACAGAGAAACCUGAAACUUUUGUAAGUGAUCGUAUAAACUGUGGUGUGUACAUAUUUACACCAGAUAUCUUUACAGCCAUAGAGGGUGUUUCUACUCAGCGCAAAGACAGAGCUAACCUAAGACGUGUUUCCAGCUUUGAAGCAAUGCAGCCAGACCCAAGGACUCUUCCAGCAAAUUAUGUCAGAUUGGAUCAAGAUAUCCUCUCACCUCUUGCGGGGAAGAAACAGUUAUAUAUUUAUGAAACCAAUGACUUUUGGGAACAAAUCAAAACUCCAGGGAUGUCCAUAAAAUGUUCUAGCUUGUAUCUUGCCCAAUUUCGCCACACAUCUCCCCAUCUACUAGCAAAUGGAGAUGGUAUUAAGAAAGCCGGCAUCACUGGUGAUGUUUAUAUUCACCCGUCAGCAAAAGUGCAUCCAUCUGCUAAGAUUGGUCCAAGUGUAUCAAUAUCUGCAAAUGCUCGUAUUGGAGCCGGUGCAAGGCUAAAAAAUUGUAUCAUCCUUGAUGAUGUAGAGAUCAAGGAAAAUGCUGUUGUUAGUCAUGCAAUUGUUGGAUGGAAAUCCUCUAUUGGACUAUGGGCACGUGUCCAGGCUAGUGGAGAUUACAAUGCAAAGCUUGGGGUAACUAUACUUGGUGAAUCUGUAACAGUUGAGGAUGAGGUGGUGGUUUUUAAUAGCAUUGUUCUGCCACAUAAGACCCUAAAUGUUGGUGUUCAAGAUGAGAUUCUUUUAUAGAACUUCUAUGGCUCCCAUUGCUGGCUUCUUUUUUCCCUUGUCAUUGUAUUUGCAGUUACUUGUGCUUAAUUUAAUAUCUAGUUCGGAAACUGAUCAAAACAAUGCAUAUCAUCCAUUUUGUUACAAAAUUGCAAUAUAUUCAUUGUUGUAUACGCACA